AUGUGUGCCCGGUCCUCGCUGUCCAUUGUCUUCGGUACCUCUCUCUGGCUCCUCAAGACUGCCUUAAUACCAUCUGACAAGAUGCGCAACCUCAUGGUACUCGGCGCGCUCUCCAAUAUACCGUUGCUCAUCUCAGCGCAAUGUCCAGAAUACGUGGACUACGCGUUGGAGGUUCAUGAACCUCUGAGUUCCGGCAAAAACCAGCUCGCCUACCAACGGCCGUCCGAAGAAUGUCGAACUUUCAAAUCGCAAGGCCUGGAGGAUACUGUUGCGCGCAUGGAAAAUGUAAUCAAGGAUCCGGACCUGUACCGCCUCUUCCAGAACGCCUAUCCCAACACGCUCGACACGGCCAUCAAAUGGAAGGGCUACGCUGCCAACAACACAGAGGAGGAGCUGACGUUCAUCAUCACUGGAGACAUUAACGCGAUGUGGCUACGCGACUCGUCGAAUCAAUUACAAAGUUACCUGCCGCUGUUGAACGCCAGCAGCGAUCCCAACUCAAUCGCGAGCUUGUACCGGGGAGUCAUCAACCUUCAGGCACGAUACCUACUUGCAGCGCCGUAUUGCAACUCUUUCCAACCGCCUCCCGAGAGCGGUGUUCCUCCGGCAGAGAACGACUCUGCGAAUGAAGAUAUCGUCUUUCCCAAGAUUGACAAUAGCACAGUAUUCGAAUGCAAGUAUGAGCUCGACUCGCUUGCAGCGUUUCUACAAAUAUCUGCCGACUACUAUGAGGCAACUGGCGAUGCCGCUUUCUUUGGCAAGUUCCAGUGGGUCAAAGCUGUCGAAGCGGUACUGGAUGUGGCCGAGGACAUGAUGCUUCCUACCUAUGGUGCAGACGGAGCAGUCCUGCAGAGUCCAUAUACAUGGGAGCGAACCACCACCCGAGCGACCGAAACUCUUGCAAACGACGGAAUCGGCAAUCCUGUUGCCAACGGCACUGGCUUGAUCCGGAGCGCGUUCCGACCGAGCGACGAUGCCACUAUUUACCAGCUCUACAUCCCAGCCAACAUGAUGUUUAGCUCGUACCUUACUCCAACGGCCGAAAUUAUGGGCAAACUUAAUAACACAAACUCUGCAGCACUUUCGAAGAGAAUGUCUGGGCUCUCAGAGUCGGUGCGCAACGCUAUCGAGACCCACGGAACAGUCGACCACGCGGUAUAUGGUAAGGUCUACGCAUUCGAGGUUGAUGGCUUCGGCGGGCGCAACAUCAUGGACGACGCCAACAUCCCGGGUCUCCUCUCAGCCCCAUUCUUCAAGUACCCGGUUAACGAGGAGACGUAUGCGAAUACGCGCGACCUCGUGCUCAGCUCCAUGAACCCUUACUUUAUGAGAGGUCCCGUGAUCAACGCCAUUGGUGGACCGCACCAGGGACCGGGCAUGGCCUGGCCGAUGGCUUCUAUUGUUCGCAUCUUCACGAGCGAUGACGAGAGCGAGAUCGUGAACGAGCUAGCCCAGAUUGUUAGCAGUACAGAUGGCUUGGGGUUGAUCCACGAGAGUAUCAACAGCUUCAACGAGAGUGACUGGACGAGGCAGUGGUUCUCGUGGGCGAAUGGGCUUUUUGGACAGAUGAUUCUGGACCUGGAGGAGCGCAAGCCAGAGAUUCUCGAAACCAGUUUUCAGUAG